AGACGGAGAAGGCGACCAAGGGAUCGCCGACUCGCAAGGGGCGAGAAGAAGAAAAGGGCAAGUGGAAGCCGAGCGCUAAGUCCAGGGGAGAUUGCUUAGCGUCGCGAUAAGUCGAACCUUGUUGCUAUCGCUAUUGAUUGCCCCGCCGAGGGGCCGAUAACGCACUACGCACUUACUCCGAUACGUCGGGGAAUAAUCCAUAUAUUUUUUUGAGACUGAACUUCAAGAUGCGGGGUCUCAUAAAGAUUAGAGCUGAUUCUUCUUCUUAUAUAUUUGCAUUCAGUUGACCACUCUUCCAUUCUCAAUUUGCUAAAACGCCCAAAACCUAUUCGAAGAACUGUACUUUACUACGAAACCGAGCUAUAAGAAACCAUCAUGACCGUCGAAAAGGCUUCAGUUCUCCUCGUUGGAAGCGGAGGUGUUGGCACCAUUGCUGCGCUUAACCUCGAGACCGGUGGACGUGCCAGCGUCACUGCCGUGCUGCGAUCCAACUAUAACGUUGUCAAGGAGAAAGGCUUCAAGAUUUCCUCCUGCGACCACGGAGUCCUUGAGGGAUGGAGACCAACUGAAGUGGUGAACAAGGUCCCCUCCGCGUCGGAGAAGAAAUUCGACUACAUUGUGGUUGUGACGAAGAACGUGCCGGACUGCCCGCCGACUGUUGCUCAGAUUAUUGCGCCGGCCGUGAUGCCCGGCCACACCGUCAUUGUGCUUGUUCAGAACGGACUGAACAUUCAGAAGCCCAUUUUUGAAGCAUUCCCCGACAACAUCUGCCUGUCGGCCGUCAGUGUCAUCCAGUCGCACGAGAUCGAGCACGGUGUCGUUGAGAACGACGACACCGACAACCUUUCCAUUGGCGCGUUCCACAACCCCAAGCUCUCCGUGGAGAAGGAGCAGGCCGUCGCCAAGGAGUUUGUCGAGAUCUACAAGGCCGGCGGUAAAUGUAUCACUACCUAUGUCGAGGAUGUGCCGUUCAGCCGCUGGCGCAAGCUGAUGUACAACACCUGCAUCAACUCCGUCGCCGCGGUCACUGGCAUGAACACUGGAGAGCUGCAGCUGGCCAAGGGCACAGUAGAUGGACUUAUUCGCCCUCUCAUGGACGAGGUCCGGACCGCGGCAAAGGCUGCCGGCGUGCAACUGCCCGAGGACAUUACGGACUUUUUCAUCAACAAUGCCCUUGAACCCAUUGACAUGUAUUUUGAGCCUAGUAUGCUCGUGGAUGUCAAGAAGGGAAACUUUAUCGAAUUCGAAAACAUUGUGGGCGAGCCUCUCCGCGAAGGCACCGCUCUUGGCGUGCCCAUGCCCACCUUGAAGACGCUGUACCACCUGCUCAGCGCAAUCCAGUACAAGACCAAGAUUGCCCGCGGAACCGUCACCAUUCCUCCCAAGGGCGACUAUCUCGCCCAGCGGUAAAUUUUUCAUUUCUGGUCAAACAUAUUAUAGAUAUCCAUUCUUCAUAUUGUAUAUAUUUAGAUCUCUUUACGCACGGCAACAUGGCUUGCGAGGUGUCUUGGAAUACGUC